AAAACAUAGUCUCAUAUAAUGUGAAUAAAUAUCUAUAAAAACAUAGUCUCAUAUAUGGUGGAGCUGAAGACGAUCAAUGUGUACCUCAUCAAUGAAUGGAAUCUAAUUAUAAUCUCCGUUUUAAUCAUCAGAGACAUACAAUCAUGGCAAAAGCCCAUAUUAAAUUAGAUAAAUUUGAUGGUGUAUCUGAUGGUGUUCGAUGGUUCGAAGACUUAACCUCAUUCAUUUUGCUUAAUAAAAUAGAAGAUGGUCAAAGGAGAGACAUUUUAAAACUUUACCUUAAAGAUGGAGCCAGAACAUGGCUGGAGGCUAUGCCAAUAGACAUUACCUGGGCAGACUUGAAGAAGGCCUUCGAAGCCCGUUUUCAAAUCAAGCAGUAUAACACUGCUGAAUUGAGCACACUACUAUCAUCUGGUACGUUGAAGAUGCUACCAGACGAGUCCGUUAGAUCAUUUGUCACCCGUGUGAGCGAAAUUCUUAGAGGAGCCAAAGAUCAACUGACACCACAGCAGAUCGUUAACAUAAUAGCAAAUGGACUCCCACAGUCUAUUAGAAAUCACGUCGUGGCGCAAGAUCCGAAAAGCGUCAAUGACAUUAUAACCACAGCAAGUUUAUUCAGCACUACGGAAGGGGACGAUGCCUCAAAGACCUUGAUUGCGCGGCUAGAGGGUAUCAUCGAUGCGAAAACAGAACAGAUAGCAGCAAUGGUACUGAGUAAGACUGCAGCAGACAUUUCGAUUCGCAAUUUACUCAUUAAGUAA